AUGCAAGACCAGCAUUGCGAACAUGAAGAGGGUCGGGACGAGCCUGCUAGGAGAAAGUCGAUCCAUGAUGAGAAGCAUGAGGCCAACACUCGCCUUUCUUUCCUCUCGUUGGAUACUUUCGUCCACAAGCGAGAGGCAGAAAACACUCAGAGCAGCGACAAGCAAGAAGGUGACGAGGUUCAAGAGGGAGAGGAAGAAGAGCCUGCAACAAAGAAGCUUCCGUUGCUGCUCUUGAAUCCGUUCUCUGUCGGGCAUGUGUUGUGGGACACUUGGAUGGUUGUCAUCACGAUAUACUACAUCAUCAUCAUUCCCUUCAAGAUCACCUUCGUCGACUCGCAGUCCUACCGAUGCGAUGCUCAAGACGUCUCCAAGUGUCCGGGGUUCUGGUGGCAGAGCUUCUUCUCUGACAGCUCAUGGCUGUACGUGGACUUCGUGAUGGACUUCAUGUUCAUGACCGACAUCCUCGUCAACUUCCUCACGUCCUACCACCUCUUUGACGCCAAGGGAACCAAGUAUCUCGUGACCGACAGGAGGCAAAUCGCGUUGAAGUACCUGAGGACAUGGUUCUUCAUCGACCUGAUCGCUUCCUUUCCCUUCGACUUCAUCUUCUACCUGCUCAACCUCUACACCAACGGGAGCAUCAUCAAGCUCCUCAAGUCCCUCAGAUUCUUGAAGUUGAUUCGCCUGUGGCGCGUAGGGAGAAUGAUGCAUGUCUUUCAGGAAGUGUUCGACAUGAACUACGGGCUCAUCCUCCUCAUGCAGAUCCUCUUGAUCUUCUCCCUCCUGGCUCACUACCUCUCCUGCUACUUCUUCUCCAUGGGCGCCCUCCUGCAAACCUUUCGUGUCUGCUCCUCUCCCGCGGGGGAGGAGAGCAUCUGCAGAUGUUACGAAAGCGCCAACGAGGCGAACUGCGUGCCGACGACCUGGAUCACGGAGAAGAGCUUCAUGCUGCCGAGCGGAGAGAUGUACGUGGUGGACAUGGACGUCAAUUGGCAGUAUCUGUGCUCUAUCUACUGGGUCGUCACGACCAUGUCUACCGUUGGGUUCGGCGACAUCGUUCCGGUCACCGACUGGGAGGUACUCAUGUGCAUCGUCGCUCAGGUGCUUGGGGCGACGACCUUUGGGUUCAUCGUCGGCAACAUGUCAACCUUGACCGAGUCGUUCGACACCAGAAAAGAAGAGAUGAAGAAUCAGAUUGAAGACCUGCAGGCGUACCUCUAUGCUUGCGGUGUUCCUUUCGAGUUGGUCACGCGGCUGAUACAAGAUAUUCGGUACAACUAUCUCCAUCCCAUCUCUGAGGCGAAGAAAGAGAUCAUCGAUGUCUUGCCUCGUAACAUCGCCCUGCAGAUAGCAAAGCAUGUCUUCAAGUUUGCGAUUGACGAUUCUUCCAUCUUCAUGGAGCUUUCCCAGCGAUCACUCGAGGAGCUCUACUUUGAACUUCAGUGCUUUCACGUGGAGCAGGGUCAGAGCAUUCUGACCUGCGGAGACAUGAGCAAGAGCAUCGUCUUUCUGAUUGAAGGCGUCGGGUCCGUCAAGUCAAGCCCAUCCCUCUUCGAUGCUGCCAUGAAGAAGCGGAAGCUCAGCAUGACGGACCUCGCGGCUGAUCACGUGGAAACUUACCUCACUGUCCGCCCCUGUUACUUUCUUGGUGAAAACUGCCUGCUGACAGGCAAGGAGAUUUUUCCUUACGAGUGCACAGCAGCCACUUGGUGUCAACUGCUUCGACUGGAAGUGAAGAGCCUCCUCAACAUCCUCUCUUCCGACGAGUUGUCUUAUGUGAGAGCAGCAGCUAAAGUGCGAUACUCGCGGUUCCUUGCGCUGAUCACGACCUCCAUGUCUAUCAAAGAGAGUUCAAAGAAAGGAGUCAAAAUCACUCGCUCCAAGAAGCGACAACAAGACUCUCAACUUAGCAGGUUUGCAAGACGCGUGUCAUUCAGAUCCGAUGGUCAAAGACCGAGUACAGAAGAGGAUUCAAGCGAAAAGACCAUGACAGCCAUCUUUAAUGAGACAAAGAAUAUAGAUCAAACUACAUUGAUCGACAUCAAGAAGUUCUACACGUCGGCAAGUAUAAAGAAGCAAGAGAUGGUUUGGGGCGAAUUGCUGGAAUAUCACAACAUGAAAGGCAGAAUUGAUGAAGAGCUCCAUCACGAGCGAUCUUUAGCCAAGUACAACCUAGUGGAACUCCAAUACAAAUAUCUGGAGCACCUGAGCUAUGCCGCUGAUCGCUUCGUGGACAAAGAUUGGCUGACGGACAAGCUGCAAUUCCACAUGGAGGCAUUUCUAAUCAGAUUGAACAUUAUCCAAGAGAAGCUGACGCUCUUCCGCGAGCAAUUGACUUCGCACAAUGUCAAACAGACAACAGAUUCAAGAAGGAGCCUAGAAACUAAUGGAGAGCACAAGGGUGAAGAGACGAGUGCGUUUGAAAGGGAGUGA